CCGCGCGCCGCUCGCGGCCCGGGCCAUGGGGCUGGGCGGGCCCGGGGUCCGGCCGAGCUGAAGCGGCGGCGCCGGCCCGCGCCCCCGGCUCGCGGGCGUCUGGCCGUCGCGAUGAUGAAGAAGAAGAAGUUCAAGUUCAAGGUGGACUUCGAGCUCGAGGAGCUCUCCUCGGUGCCCUUCGUCAACGGGGUGCUCUUCUGCAAGAUGCGGCUGCUGGACGGCGGCAGCUUCACGGCCGAGUCCCCCAGAGAGGUGGUGCAGGCAAACUGUGUUCAUUGGAGGAAGAAGUUCUCAUUUAUGUGCAAAAUGAGUGCAAGUGCCACCACAGGCAUCCUGGACCCCUGUGUCUACAGAGUAUCUGUGAGAAAGUCUUACAGUGUUUUCUGUCUUUGGCAGGAAUUAAAAGGUGGAAAAACUUAUGCCAAGCUGGGCUUUGCUGAUCUAAACCUGGCCGAGUUUGCUGGAUCAAGAAACACCACUCGUCGCUGUUUACUGGAAGGCUAUGAUACCAAAAAUACAAGACAAGAUAAUUCCAUUCUUAAAGUUCUGAUCAGUAUGCAGCUGAUGUCUGGUGACCCAUGUUUUAAAACGCCUCCCUCAACGUCCAUGUCUUUGCCAAUCGCCGGGGAGUCGGAAUCGCUGGAAGAAGAUAGAAAAGGUGGAGAGACGCUCAAAAUCCAUCUUGGAAUUGGAGAUCUCUCAGCGAAGAGUGCCUCUGUUCCCGAUGAACUCGGUGCCUGUGGACAUUCUCGAACAUCCAGCUAUGCAAGCCAGCAAUCCAAAGUAUCAGGGUAUAGCUCGUGCCACUCCCGGUCAUCGAGUUUCUCUGAGCUCUGCCACAGGAGAAAUACCUCCGUGGGUAGCACCUCAACAGGAGUUGAAAGUAUUCUGGAGCCGUGUGAUGAAACGGAGCAAAAAAUAGCUGAACCAAGUUUGGAUACAGCUGACAGAGAAGACGCAGCCUCAGAAACACUUGCCAGAUGCCCAGUGAAGCAAGACUCUGUAGAAUCUCAGCUGAAGCGAGUCGAUGAUACCAGAGUAGAUGCGGAUGAUAUUGUGGAGAAAAUACUACAAAGUCAGGACUUCAGCCUGGAUUCCAGUGCGGAAGAGGAAGGACUGAGGUUAUUUGUGGGCCCUGGGGGAAGUACGACCUUUGGCAAUCACCAUCUUCCGAACAGAGUGGGGUCUGGAGCUUAUGAACAAGUUGUGAUUAAACGCUAGGAAUCAAGAUCAUGAGCCAAAGCUUCAUUAAGCCAUGACAGCUGAGUUCUGGAGGCACAUGUUUCGAGCACUUGGGAGACCGUGAACCCUGCACGUCAGGGGGAGCUGACGCUGAGUGAUCGGAAGUGCCCCACUCUUCACCUGCGCCCACGUGGAAGAGUGCUGCCAUUCAGCCACGUGCUGUGUGCGUGGAAGCUUCCGGAGGCCCUGCAUGUGAUAAGGAAGACCCUGCUGUUUCUUGUAGAAAGAAAGCGGUGACCCACCCACUGGAGCUCUGAUUGUUUACUUUUACAUUCAAGAGACAAUAAAUGGAUAUCAUUUAAACCCUCUAACUUCUGUUCAGAUAGUUGUAUGCUUCCUCCCAAGGAAACCUUCCAUAUAAUGAUACCUACAGUAUUCUACUAAGUUUAUUAACUCUCUUUGAUGCCGUAAUUGAUAUAUGGGUAAAGUGUUAAUGCUGCAGUUUUAAACACAUAAAAUGCUUAAUAAGUCUACGUGUAUCCAUUGUAAAUCAAGUGACAAGUGUGUUUUAAGUUCGAAAUACGUGAGUGGGCACGAUGCCAGUACUAUACAGCAUGUGUCGUGAAGUGUUAAUAGUAGAUGAGCAGCAGAACUCCCACUAGUGGUCUGUAAGACAUUCGAGAUACAUUUGAUAUUUGGUGUGUUGGGCUACGUAAGGCGUCCUGGUAUCAGAGCUGGUUUAACUACAUGAAUAACAUCAGUCAGUUUCUGGAGUCAGAUUUUAGAAUAACAGAACUGCGAUAUGCUCAGAAACAAAGCCUGUUCCCUGGGAGCUAAGACUUACUUGGAACUAAAAAUCAUUCCAAGGAGUAGGAGGCAGGGACCUGCUACUUGAUACGGCCAGUCAGGUGGGUGCUUUUCACUUUCGCUCCCUGUGAUCAGAUACGACGUUUUCUUAGAAGUUAGUAGUGUUGAGGCAAGAAUAGACUAUACCAUGCAUCAACUAGAGCUUUUUUAAGGCUCUCUGAUCUGGAUCCAGUUUCACAGCACAGCAGAUAAACCUUAGAGAUUUUCUAGUCUUUCAUGACAGUUUGUGUGGAAGCUGUUUUCUUUAAAUGAGUUGAUAAAAAUGUAAAUUCUAUUUUAAAAAAUCAGUAAUUCCUACUCCUUUCAAAUCCAUAUCUGAGAAAUGUAACGUUAAACUACAGUUGCUUUGGUCUACGUGUUCUCAGGUUGGCAAAAUAAAGGAGGAAAUAUCUUUUUUAAGAAGACAUUAUUUUAAUACCCAAAUUUAGAGAUUUGGAAAGAAAUCUUACCAGUUCAUGAUUAGGGUUAUUUUUUUAAUCUUUCAAGAACUAAGCUUUCCAAAUGAAUUCAGUACUACUUUUCCAGAUAGAUGCUGAGAUUUUUUAAAAGAUGGCACUCGUUUAAAAAAUACCUUGGUGAGAGGGUUUAUGAGUCAUUUAGCUAUGCUUCUUAAAAUUCGUUUUGAAGGAAAAAGUUGGCUUAAACAUUUAGUCUCAUCAGGGGACAUAUUAAAUCUUAAAGACCUGCUGUCGAACUGGUCCACUCAGUAUAUAUUAUGGAAAAACAAAGAUUUUAAAAGUGAUAUGAAGAUACUGUUUAAGAGAUAUUUAUUAUGUCUUAAAACAUAUUUUUCUAUUUUCCAAAUAUUAUUUGAGGCUCUAUUUUUUUGGUGCUUCUGCAAAUGGUUUUGCAGCUUUUCAAGAGAUAAUAAAAAUAAGGUUGUAUGCAGGGUUUAGUGAGGACAUUCUCAGUUACAUCGAAGGUCCCUCAGUCAGGACACCACACCUAUCUUACAGGUGUUUUUGACCUAAUGCCUUUAAACUUUAGCAGCUGCCAGAUAUAUCUUCAUUUAUGAAAAUAUAACAUGCAUUUAAAUAAAUAGGAACAUUGCUUAGGGAUCAAAAGGAAAAGAUGGCAUGUCCUUUGUAGUUCAUGGGAGUUUGGAUUAAUUUUACUGUUUUUUUUUGUAUUCCACCAACAUACUGGACAAUCAGAAUUUCAUUACAGUCCUUUGAAAAUAUUUGUGAACGGUUGCCUCAAUGUCUACCCUAGUUUCUGCUUUUUAUUUUCUUAAAACGUGAACUAUUAAUAUCUUCACCAUACUGCUGUUGAAAAAGAUAAUCUGAGUAUUAAAGACCAAGUCUACUUUUGGUCCUCUUUUGAGUUGAGGGAAAUAAAUUGGAAAAAAGAUUCGGUUAGCUGAUUUUAAAUAUUAAAAGUCAUAUAUCAAAUUACCCAAUCUUGGAAAAUUUGCAGGUAUAUGUUAUGUUGAUUUCCCUUUUCUAAUUCUAGCCUCAAGAAGAUUAAUGUAUUUUCAGGUUAUCUUCUUUUGCAAACAGGAAUUAAUAGGUUGCUUGGGGGAAAUCCAUAGACUAGUGGAGAGCCCACACUCUGUCCAGUGGAAAGCCCACUUCUGUGACUGAGCCAGUCACUGAGACCAGGAAGGAUGUGAAGGAUAGUAAGGCACAAAGCCCGAGGUUACCAACUCACACAUAGGUGACUGACACCUUCAAAAACCUCUGAAUUCAGACCACUGCUUAUAACCUGAGAAAGUUCUGAUCAGAAAUCGAACAUCUGCCCUUCCAUCUCCCAUUCUAGCAAAAUACUCUAUCCCAGUAACCAGAUCCACAUUUCUAGAUUCUUAUAUUUGGGUGAUUUUUUAUUUUGAUUUUGGUGGGAGGGUUUGCAUGAAAAGUGGGGACCAGAAAGGUCAUUUGUUGCU